AUGGCUCGCUUCGGAGAGGACCUGCCCAGCCGCUAUGGAGCUGGCGGCGCGGGGGCUCCCUCGGGGCCCGGCGGGGCCCGGGGCGGCAGCAGCCGGCAGGGCCCCCCCGGCCAACCGGGCCCGCGGCCCCCGAUAUACAAGCAGACCAAGGCCCAACGGGCCCGGACAAUGGCUCUCUACAACCCCAUUCCGGUCAAGCAGAACUGCUUCACCGUCAACCGCUCCCUCUUCAUCUUCAGCGAGGACAACGUGAUCCGCAAAUACGCCAAGCGCAUCACCGAGUGGCCUCCAUUUGAAUAUAUGAUUUUGGCUACGAUUAUAGCCAAUUGCAUCGUUUUGGCUUUGGAGCAACAUCUCCCUGAUGGAGAUAAGACACCGAUGUCAGAGAGGCUGGAUGACACCGAACCGUAUUUCAUUGGAAUAUUCUGCUUUGAAGCGGGCAUAAAGAUUAUUGCGCUGGGUUUUGUUUUUCACAAAGGAUCUUAUCUCCGCAACGGCUGGAACGUGAUGGAUUUUGUGGUUGUGCUUACGGGGAUUCUGGCUACAGCUGGGACCCAAUUUGACCUUCGAACUCUGAGAGCCGUCCGUGUGCUGAGACCCCUGAAACUUGUCUCAGGAAUCCCAAGUUUACAAGUUGUCCUCAAAUCCAUCAUGAAGGCGAUGGUACCCCUCCUUCAGAUCGGCCUCCUCCUCUUCUUUGCCAUUGUGAUGUUUGCCAUCAUCGGUCUGGAAUUCUACAUGGGCAAAUUUCACAAAGCUUGCUUCUCCAAUGAAACAGGUGAGAGGCUGGGAGAUUUCCCCUGUGGCGAAGACUGGCCGGCGAGGCCCUGUGAAGAAGGCACCUGCAAGAAAUACUGGGAGGGCCCCAACUUUGGAAUCACCAACUUCGACAAUAUCUUGUUUGCUGUGCUCACCGUCUUCCAGUGCAUCACCAUGGAAGGAUGGACCGACAUCCUCUACAACACAAACGAUGCUGCAGGGAACAUGUGGAAUUGGCUUUACUUCAUCCCCCUCAUCAUCAUCGGGUCCUUCUUCAUGCUCAACCUGGUCCUGGGUGUCUUGUCAGGUGAGUUUGCCAAAGAACGAGAGAGAGUUGAAAACCGGCGAGCUUUUCUGAAACUCCGGAGACAGCAGCAGAUCGAGAGAGAACUUAACGGCUACCUGGAAUGGAUCUUUAAAGCAGAGGAGGUGAUGUUAGCAGAAGAAGACAAGAAUGCUGAAGAGAAAUCCCCCUUGGAUGUGCUGAAAAGAGCGACAAUCAAGAAAAGCAAAAACGAUCUAAUUCACGCUGAAGAAGGAGAAGAUCACUUCACAGAUGUUUGCUCUGUGGGGUCUCCAUUUGCCCGGGCCAGCCUCAAGAGUGGCAAGAACGAAAGCUCCUCCUACUUCCGUCGGAAAGAGAAGAUGUUCCGCUUCUUCAUUCGGCGCAUGGUGAAGGCCCAGAGCUUCUACUGGAUUGUACUCUGUGUGGUGGCUCUCAACACGAUGUGUGUGGCCAUUGUGCAUUAUGAUCAACCAGAAGGUCUCACCACUACCCUUUAUUUUGCUGAAUUUGUCUUCCUGGGUUUGUUCCUCACUGAGAUGACUCUGAAGAUGUAUGGUCUGGGGCCAAGGAACUACUUCCAUUCCUCGUUCAAUUGCUUUGACUUUGGGGUGAUUGUCGGAAGCAUCUUUGAAGUCAUCUGGGCUGUGGUGAAACCUGGGACUUCUUUUGGCAUUAGUGUGCUCAGAGCCCUCCGACUGUUGAGGAUCUUCAAAGUCACCAAGUACUGGAACUCUUUGAGGAACUUGGUGGUCUCCUUACUGAAUUCGAUGAAAUCCAUCAUUAGCCUGCUGUUCCUCCUCUUCCUCUUCAUUGUCGUGUUUGCCUUGCUGGGGAUGCAGCUUUUUGGUGGGCAGUUUCACUUCAAUGAUGAAACACCAACUACCAACUUUGAUACCUUUCCCACUGCCAUUCUCACUGUAUUUCAGAUCCUGACCGGGGAAGACUGGAAUGCCGUGAUGUACCAGGGCAUCGAAUCCCAAGGGGGUGUCCAUUCUGGAAUGUUCUCUUCUGUCUACUUCAUCGUCCUCACCCUCUUCGGGAACUAUACCCUCCUGAAUGUCUUCUUGGCCAUUGCUGUAGACAACCUGGCCAACGCACAAGAAUUGACCAAGGAUGAAGAAGAAAUGGAAGAAGCUACCAACCAAAAACUAGCCUUGCAGAAGGCGAAGGAGGUUGCCGACGUCAGUCCCCUGUCAGCUGCCAACAUUUCUAUCACAGCCAAACAGCAGAAUUCCUCCAAAUCCAAGUCCGUGUGGGAACAGAGGACCAGUCAGCUCCGCGUGUACAACUUCCGCACCAGUUGCGAAGCCUUGUACAACGAGAUGGACCCGGAAGACAGGGUCCGCUACGCCACCAACCUCCAUAUCCGUCCUGAUAUGAAGACUCACAUGGACCGGCCUCUGGUGGUCGAGCCAAGGAGUGAAGGCCGUAGCGGCAACGCCAACACCGUGAGCCCCACCGAGGGCCAGGAGGCCUCUGACCAGGUGAAGGCCCCACUGCCUGAGAACAACGAGGUUGUGAGGAAACACCACCGGCAUCGUGAGAAGGAGAAGACGGGAGACCUGGAGAAAAGCAGUGCCGUCAAGGAAGAGAACGGCGAACUGGGCCGGGGCAACCACAAGGAUGAACGCCACCGGCCGCACCGGAGUCAUAGCAAAGAGACGGGCGAAGCGGGUGGGAAGGAAGGGAAGAGCGAACGCAACCGAAGCCAGGAAGGAGGCAGACAUCACCACCGCCGGGGGUCCGUGGAAGAAGGCGCUGAGAGGGAGCAUCGACGCCACCGUGGUCAUCGGCAUCCGGUGGAGCGCCAGGCCAGAGAAGGCAAUGGAACGGCCAACGGGACCAAGACCGAACGACGUUCACGUCACCGAGGAGGGUCGAGGCCAGGCAACCAAGAAGGGGACCCUGGCUCCAAAGGGGAGGGGGGCGAAGAGCCCCACCGAUGUCACAAGAUACGGCACAAGGCCCUCUCCACGUACGAGUCGGUGGACAAGGAGAACGGAGAGAAAGAAGGAGAGUUGGGGAAAAAGGAUCUCAAGAACAUCCAGCCAAGGGAAAGCCAAUGUGACACCGAGGCAGGCAUAAGUGUGACCGUGGUCCCUUUACACACCUUGCCCAGCACCUGUCUGCAGAGGGUACCUGAGCAGCCGGAGGAUGCUGACAACCAGAAGAACGUGACCCGUAUGGCUCAACCAUCUUUGGACAGAUCUGCCCCUGUCCACAUUCCUGUCACUGUCACCGCUCCUCCCGGGGAGGCCUCCAUCAUACCAAUGAACAACGUUGAAUUUGAAGCCAAAAUGGAAGAGAAGAAGGACAUGGAUGCUGAAGACGACAUGGCCAACAGUACACCAAAACCAAUCCUUCCCUACAGCUCCAUGUUCGUCUUAAGCCCAACCAACCCGAUCCGGUGCCUCUGUCACUACAUUGUCAACAUGCGUUACUUCGAGAUGGUCAUCCUCUUCGUUAUCGCACUCAGCAGCAUCGCCCUGGCCGCCGAAGACCCUGUUCAAGCAGAGUCACCCAGAAACGAGGCUCUCAAGUACCUGGAUUAUAUAUUUACAGGUGUCUUUACCUUUGAGAUGGUGAUAAAGAUGAUUGACUUGGGACUUCUGCUGCAUCCCGGUGCCUAUUUCCGUGAUCUCUGGAACAUCCUCGACUUCAUUGUGGUCAGUGGAGCUCUUGUGGCAUUUGCCUUUUCAGGGAACAAAGGGAAGGAUAUUAACACCAUUAAGUCCCUCCGCGUGCUACGGGUCCUUCGGCCACUGAAAACCAUCAAACGUCUACCCAAACUGAAGGCAGUCUUCGACUGCGUGGUAAACUCCCUGAAGAACGUUCUCAACAUCCUCAUCGUCUACAUGCUCUUCAUGUUUAUCUUUGCCGUCAUCGCAGUGCAGCUUUUCAAAGGCCGGUUCUUCUACUGCACCGACGAAUCGAAGGACUUGGAGAAAGACUGCAGAGGCCAGUAUCUGGCUUACGAAAAGGAUGAAGUGGAAGCUCAGCCCAGGCAGUGGAAGAAAUAUGAUUUCCAUUAUGACAACGUCCUCUGGGCUCUGUUGACCCUGUUCACCGUCUCCACUGGAGAAGGGUGGCCCACCCUGGUAAAGAGUGAGAAAACUUUCCCUGCUCCUGGCUACCGGAUGGAGAUGUCGAUCUUUUACGUGGUCUAUUUUGUCGUCUUCCCAUUUUUCUUUGUGAAUAUCUUUGUAGCUUUGAUCAUCAUCACCUUCCAAGAACAGGGUGACAAAGUGAUGUCUGAAUGCAGCCUGGAGAAAAAUGAGAGAGCCUGCAUAGAUUUUGCCAUUAGUGCCAAGCCUUUAACCCGCUACAUGCCCCAAAACAAACAGUCAUUCCAGUACAGGAUGUGGAGAUUUGUGGUGUCUCUUCCUUUUGAGUACUUUAUCAUGGUCCUGAUUGCGCUGAAUACCAUCGUGCUUAUGAUGAAGUUCUAUGGUGCCCCCGAACCCUAUGAAGAUAUGCUGAAAUGCCUCAAUAUUGUCUUCACCUCCAUGUUUUCACUGGAAUGUAUCUUGAAGAUCAUCGCCUUUGGUGCAUUGAAUUAUUUUCGUGAUGCCUGGAACAUUUUUGAUUUUGUCACAGUUUUGGGAAGUAUUACUGAUAUUUUAGUCACAGAGAUUGCGGACACGGAUAAUUUCAUUAACCUGAGCUUCCUCCGACUCUUCCGGGCAGCCCGACUGAUCAAGCUUCUCCGUCAGGGCUACACCAUACGGAUUCUGCUGUGGACGUUUGUCCAGUCCUUCAAGGCCUUGCCAUACGUGUGCCUCCUCAUCGCCAUGCUGUUCUUCAUCUAUGCCAUAAUCGGCAUGCAGGUCUUUGGGAACAUCGCUCUGGAUGAUGACAGUGCCAUUAAUCGUCACAAUAACUUCCAAACCUUUCUGCAAGCACUAAUGCUGCUUUUCCGGAGCGCUACCGGAGAAGCCUGGCAUGAGAUCAUGCUUGCGUGCCUGAGCAACCAGCCCUGUGACGAGCACUCCAACCUCAGCCGAAACGAAUGUGGCAGUGACUUUGCUUACUUCUACUUUGUCUCCUUCAUCUUCCUCUGCUCCUUUCUGAUGUUGAACCUAUUUGUGGCUGUAAUCAUGGACAACUUUGAGUACUUGACCCGAGAUUCGUCCAUCCUUGGGCCUCAUCACCUGGACGAGUUCAUCCGCGUGUGGGCAGAGUACGACCCAGCUGCUUGUGGGCGGAUCAGUUACACCGACAUGUACGAGAUGCUGAGACACAUGUCGCCACCACUUGGCCUGGGGAAGAACUGUCCCGCUCGUAUUGCCUAUAAGCGUUUGGUCAGGAUGAACAUGCCCAUCUCAAAUGACGAUUUAAGUGUCCACUUCACAUCAACGCUAAUGGCCUUGAUAAGGACAGCCCUUGACAUCAAACUUGCAUCAGGCAUGCUGCAACAUCAGUGUGAUGCUGAGCUAAGGAAGGAGAUCUUGGUGGUUUGGCCCAAUUUGUCCUCCAAAACUUUGGAUCUGUUAGUGCCACCUCAUAAACCUGAAGCCAUGACAGUAGGGAAGGUUUAUGCAGCCUUGAUGAUAUUUGACUUCUACAAACAAAAUAAAAACACUCGUGAUACUUCUCACUCAGGGCCAGGAGGUCUCUGUCAGACUGGCACUGUUUCCCUUUUCCAUCCGCUGAAAGCAGCCCUCGAGCAAAGCCAGACAGGAUUCCCGAAUGCUUUUCUGCGUCAAAAGAGCUCCGCGUCACUCAACAAUGGGGGCGCCCUGUAAAAUAAGAGAGGAGGCAUCAAAGAAUCGGUUUCCUGGGGGAUCCAGCACACCCAGAACAUGUUUUAUGAAACUAGGGCCCCCGCCUUUGAACGAGGCCAUUCGGAGGAAAUUCCCAUCCAGCAGGUUGUAGAAAUGCGAGAAAUCAGCCCAACUUUAGCCAAUGGGGCACAUCAGCCUGGCCUGGAAAGCCAGGGGCGAGCGGCCUCCAUGCCUCGCCUGGCAGCCGAAACUCAGCCCAUUCCAGACAACAGCCCCAUGAAGCGCUCGGUCUCCACGCUCAACCCACAACGUCCACGUGCCACACAUCUUUACGAACAUCCCCGGCCAGCUGAACACACCCACCACCAUCAUCACCAUCGUUGCCACCGGCGGAGAGAGAAGAAGCAGAAGUCGGUGGACAAGCCACCCAAUCACUUGAUUGAGGGUGAAGCUCCUGGUAAGGCCUGUGGGCCAGAUCUAAGCCCAGGAGAGGGCCCCCACUCCAAGUCCAAAAGGCAGGAGCGGGGCCGGUCCCAGGAACGGAGAGUCCAUUCUUCCUCUUCCUCUGAAAAGCAACGCUUUUACUCCUGCGACCGCUAUGGGAGUCGGGACCGUUCUCAGCCCAAGUCCUCUGAAUGCAGUCGGCCUCCAUCUCCUGGUGGAGGGCAGGACCACGAGACCCAGAAACAGGGCAGUGGUUCAGUUAACGGGAGCCCCCUGCUGUUGACCUCUGGUGCUAGCACCCCAUGCCGUGGUCGGAGGCAGUUGCCGCAAACUCCACUGACUCCACGUCCCAGCAUUACCUACAAGACUGCCAACUCCUCGCCUGUGCAUUUCUCUGGGUUCCAGACUGGCCUGCCAACCUUCUCCCCGGGACGCUUGAGCCGGGGUCUCUCUGAGCACAAUGCUUUGCUGCAUGGCGACUCCCAGGGACCCUCCCCAACCUUGAUGGCACGGAUCGGUUCGGACCCUUACCUGGGACACCGAGAAGAGAGUGACAGUCCAUACCAUACGAUGCCUGAGGACACGCUCACCUUCGAGGAGGCAGUGGCCACCAAUUCAGGGAGAUCCUCCCGGACCUCUUACGUCUCCUCUCUAACGUCCCAGUCCCAUCAAGUCCGCCGCGUUCCCAAUGGGUACCAUUAUGUAUUGGGACUAAGUGCUGGCUCUGGCACCAGCACGAGGGCCCGUAGCUAUUACCAUGAGCGAGACGAAGAUGAUUGGUGCUAGCAGGACAAGUACCCGGUCACACACUGGAGGAAGGGAUUUUAUCCAGCUGGAUCUCAACCCUUGGCCGACCGUGACCCUUUUCAACCGAGCCAGGCAUGGAAACUUCCAAUGGAUCUGAGCACCAUACAGCUACGCCCAAUUUCUUGGUCCACCCUUUGGUCUCCACAGUGUAUUAUUUUGGGGGAGUCCUUCCCACCAGCGUUUUGGAAAAGCCCUCCAAGAGAGGAUGGGUUUUUGGCAAGGAUGACAUCUCGGUUCUCGUUCUUGCUGUUGGACUGUUCUCCUUGGGGCCAGAGAGUUGGUGGCCCCCAUCUUAAUUUUCAUCUUGUUUACCGAUCUGAGCGAAGGAUGGGCA